AUGCAAAGAGAGGAGACUUGGGAGACCGUGCAGACAAAAACAUUUGUAAAUUGGAUAAAUUCUAAACUCGAAAAGGGAGAGGCGCGCUACAAGGAGGAAUCUGUCCUGGUGCCAUUCUCGUUUAAAAAGGUCGUGGAUCUGAAGAAAGAUCUUCAGGAUGGAAUAGUUCUUCAUUCUUUAUUAUAUUCAGCCACAGGAUCAAUAUUGCGAUUUAAUGCGAAGCCAAUAUUAGUAGUACACAAGAGAGAAAAUAUUGAGAGAAUUAUUGACUAUCUGAAGCAAAACAAGGUUGAGAUGAUAAAUAUUGGAGCUGCUGAUAUCCAGGAAGGAAGCAUCAAGCUCACGCUUGCUUUAAUAUGGAGAUUUAUCAUGGCAUUUUCUUUGCAGGAGGUAAGAGAAAGUGGAGAAAGCAUACAGGAAAGAAUUCUUAAGUGGUGCCAGAAAAAAACUGCAAAGUACGGGGUGUCAGUUAAGGACUUUGGAAAGAGCUGGCACGAUGGAAAGGUACUCUCUGCUCUGGUGCACUCAGAUGUAGGCGGGUUUAUAUUUGACGAUGGAACCUCGCAGGAAAUAUCGCAGAGAGCCCUUGACCUUGCAACUGAGUACCUAGAGGUGCCUUCUUUAAUAAGCGCAGAGGAUCUGACAACUGGAGUGUGCGACGAGAAGUCCAUGCUGACAUACUUAAUAGAGUACUACACAGCCUCUAUCAAGAAUAGCGGAAAGAUCAAACGGAAGGUUGCAGAAAAAGCAGCUCUACACGCUUCGCAGAGUGUUAUUCACACAAAAGAGCAGAUUGACCAGGUAUUUGAGAUGCUUGAGAAGGAAAUUCCAGACUUGGAGCGGGCAAAGAAGGAAGUGGAUGCCGUGUAUACCCGCGUAAGAGCUGCAGAGCAGAAGGCCAUACGCUAUGCUAUUGCAUAUAUUAUACAGUGUGAUGUGCUGAACCGAAUGCAGAGUCCAUACUCUCCAAUGAGUAUAAAGCUGCCAGCCUCUUUCAAGGCUCUGCCUGCAGUGGGCAUAUCUGACUGCGUGUCUUUCCUUGACACUCUCCAUGGAUGGAACAUCAGCCAAGGCAAAAAGAGCGAUAGCGAGAUUGCCAAGACGUUUUAUAGCGUGCUUGGUGAUCUGAUGAGCCUUUCUAAGUGCGUUACCUUCCUGGGCGCGUUAGAGUUUCUUAGUGCAGUGAGCGCCCGGAUUGAAGGAGUGCUUCUUCCAAAACACAAGCUUUCUGUGGAGGAUCUCUCUUUUUCUGCAAUUGAGACCAGCCGUAUUAUGAAGGAAAGGCUUGGGUGGGUGCUACUUGAGGUGAAGGAUGGCGUGAGAAGAUUUAAUGAGUCCUUUUCCGAGGAAAUAUCGCGGGAAAAAACAUAUGUAUGCACGCCACUUUCCAUUGAAAUGCAGUCCAUUUCCCUUCCCUGCCCGCACAAAGACGAGUGGGCGCUUAUUGGAGGGCGUGAUGCAUAUCUGCGCAUAGUGUCAGAAGGGCUCUCUAUGAUGGGCGCGAAGGAGUUUACUGCAAUUGCUCCGGAGUCUGAAAAAUAA